AUGGGAAUAAAAGGUCAAGAAGGAAAUUGUAUUCUUUUACUUAAGGCUUUUGGAAUUAGUUUAUUUUUUCUUAGUGCGUUAGGAAUUAGAAUGGGGUUAAUAGUAUAUGGAAUGUACCAAGAUCAAAAAUUUAAUGUAAGAUAUACUGAUAUUGAUUAUGAUGUAUAUAAUGAUGCAUCAAGAUAUUUAGUUAAUGGAGAAUCCCCUUAUAGAAGAGCUACAUAUAGAUAUACACCAUUAUUAGCAGAAAUAUUAAUUCCAGAUAUUCUUUUAAAUGAACAAUUUGGAAAAAUAUUAUUUAGUAUAUUUGAUAUUAUUAUAGCUUGUCUUCAAUUUAAUUUAUUAAGACAAACAAAUUCAUUUAUUAUGUCAUUAUUAUAUACUGCUAUUUGGGCAUUUAAUCCAAUGUCAAUUGUUAUUUCUACAAGAGGAAAUGCUGAAGCUGUAGUAUGUUUAUUUGUUAUUUUAACAUUUUAUUUCUUGUAUAAAAGAAAAAUAUGGUUAUGUGCAUUAUUCUUUGGACUAUCUAUUCAUAUGAAGAUUUAUCCAGUGUUAUAUGCAUUGCCAUUAUUUUUUUGUUUACCUAAUUUUUAUCCAAAUAAAUCAUUUUUUACCAAAGAAAGAUUUAUUGCAGUAUUUGGAACAGCCUUUGUUUUAAUAGGAUUAACAGGAUAUUAUUAUUACCGUUAUGGAUUUGAAUUUCUUUGGGAAACUUAUUUAUAUCAUGGAACACGUACAGACCAUAGACAUAAUUUAUCAGUAUAUUGGUAUUAUUUAUCACUAUCAUUUGAUUUCCCCAAAUCAACAAUACGAUCAUUAAUUUCUUUCCUUCCACAAAUUUUUUGUUUAAUUGCAAUUGGAUUUAGGUAUUGUAAAAAAGAUAUUAUUUUUUGUUGUUAUCUUAUGACAUGUAUUUUUGUUGCAUUUAAUAAAGUAUAUACAAUGCAAUAUUUCAUUUGGUGGUUUGUUUUACUUCCAUUUGUAGUACCAAAAAUAAUAGAAGGAGCAUUACAUCAUAUCUUUUUAACAGUGUUUGUAAUUUUACAGUAUAUUAUAUCGUAUGGUAUUUGGCUUUAUUAUGGAUAUGAGCUUGAAUUUAAAGGAAAGAAUUCAAUGUUUAACAUAUUCAUUGCAGGAAUCAUUGUAUUUGUUGCUAACAUUAUAUUGAUUAUAUGGCAUAUUUACGUAUAUUCACUCAGUGAGUCACUAAGAAAACAAAAAAAAGUAAACUAA